AUGCGACCCCAAUCCUGCGAAGAAGAAAGAAAAUUGCAGCUACAGGAGUUGGAAGAAUUAAGCCUUGAGUCUUAUGAGUCUGCAAUGUGGUAUAAGGAGAAGACUAAGCUCUGGCAUGACAAAAACCUCGGGGUCAAGGAACUGAAAGUAGGGCAGAAUGUCCUCCUGUUUCAAUCCAAACUCAAGCUGAUGCCUGGAAAGCUAAAAUCUAAAUGGAUCGGACCAUUCACCAUUGUGGGGCUUCGUGCGAAUGGAGCAGUUGAAAUCCAGGGAAGUGCCCCAAACUCUAUACCCUUUCUUGUCAAUGGUCAUCGGGUGAAGGUGUUUAGGGAUAACUCGGAGUUGUGUAUAGUGGAUGAAGUGCCACUACGCGCACUGCCUGAUAUCGCCUAA